AUGUAGUCAUAAUCCCACUCUUCUAAUGUUAUUAAUCUAAUUGAUUAUAUGAUAUUAGAAACAAUCUCUGAAAAUAAACAUGAUGAAAAUUAAUAAUCUGCAUAUUUACUGAUGGAAAAAGUAGAAUAGAAAUUGGAAUAAUAUUUUAAUAAAAAGAGCAGUAUACUAGAACUUGAAGAAUUGUAGAAAAUAUUGGAAUAAUUAAUAAAUAUAUUUUGA